AUGUCAUCACGACCAUUUACCCACACUGGCGUUGACUAUGCUGGCCCAUUCACAAUAAAGACCUGGAAAGGGCGAGGAGCCAAAACCUACAAGGCUUGGAUCUGCGUCAUAUCGAAGAUCCUCAAGCCACAGAGGCAUUACACUCAAAGGUACAUACUAAAGGUAUUACAUUCAGAUUGUGGGACAACGUUCGUCGGAGCAGAUAAGGAUAAAAGAAAAUUAUUCUUACAAGGGACAACAGAACAUCACCCCAUCAUAAACAUACUUACUGAAGACAAUGCACGCUGGGAAUACAAUCCACCUGCAGUACCUCAUAUGCAAGGAAAAUGGGAAGCUAUAGUAAACUCUAUCAAAUUCCACUUAAGACGUUCAACUAGAGGGACAUUACUUACUAUCAAAGAAAUCACGACUCUGCUGUCACAAAUUGAGGCCAUUUUAAACUCGCGCCCUCUACAACUACUAAGUGAUGAUCCUGACGAUUGCUCAACACUCACACCAGAUGGCAAUUCAUACAACAGCGAGUACAACAAUUUUGAUCACAACGGACAAAACACUAUCUACAAAAACAACUAUCAACAUCAAAGUAGCAUCAUCCACGAAAUGAAGUCAUAA